GGACCUCCUCCUCCCUCCUCACUUUUGGAACUCCUCUUCUUUCACGAUUCACGAUGGCCAUGAGCUGACGACUUCCCCCGUACACACGCGUCAAUUCGCGCACUCUACGCAUCAGAGCGCUGUAGACAGCAGCACCCGGCGCCGCCAUGAGCGACGACGAACCCGCCCGGCCAUCACUCCUUCUGGCCCGGCACGACAUGGCUCAUCGAGAGCAUCAACAUCUCCAGCACCAUCACCACUACUAUCUCCACAGGAGACAGGCCGCCGCAUCACCGUCACCGUCACCGUCAUCAUCGUCAUCGUCAUCCACGGUGACCGAGGUCAUCCAGACUGUGUCCAUCAUCCAGCAGGUCAAUGUCGUCCCCACGGGCAAUACCUACUCCCUACAGACGCUCCCCGAUACGACCGAAAGUCCAUCGCCCGCGCCAACUGAUCCCUUUUUGUCUGCGAUCCUAACGCCUGUGGCCCCGGAGAUCACCAGUUCGACGCCGCUGCCCUCAUCUGCGACACCAGGACCAGACUCGUCCGUUCAAACAACACUCUCUUUGAUUCCCAGUCCGAGCACACCAAUUGCGCUGACAUCCACUCCUUCGAUACCCACAACCUUCUCUUCACUCAGCGUUAACGCUAAUUCAACCAGUUUAAUUUCAAGCUCAGGUGGCUUAUCCAAUGCCUUUUCCAACUCGACCAUCUCUUCAUCGAGAUCCUCGGUCACCUACUUAAGAUCUACUAGCAGCUCCUCUUCUAGUGGCUCCUCGACCAAAUCAACAUCCGCAUCAACAUCGUCCUCGUCGUCCUUCUCUUCCUCCUCUUCCUCCUCUUCCUCAACCUUCUUGUCUCAGUCCUCGUCGUCUUCGUAUUCGUAUUCGUACUUUCCAGAUUCCUCAUCCGGUGCAUACGUCCAAGCGACAGCGACUAGUGGGGCAGGGAUUAUCGCUGGGGGAGCGGGAACCACCUCUGCUACUGGAGCCUCCGACACAACAACUUCUACAAGCGGUUCUGACACGGGUAGAGCCGCAGCAACCCCGACUCCCGUUGUUGUGGGCAGUGUCGUGGGAAGUGUUGCUGGCGCAAGCCUUAUAAUACUCGCUUUACUUUUUAUCUUGAAGUGGUGGAAGCAGAAACAGAAUAGGAUGCCUCUGGGGGAUGGCGGAGCAACUGGGAAUCGUACGGUUACUGGGGGAGCGCCCUCUGGGCCGUCCGGGGGGAUGGUGGAACGACGAUCUUUGAUCCACGCCGUUCCUGCUGCCCUGGCCAGCCUGACGGGAUAUAAGAGGCCAUCUCAGAAUGCAGAAACGAACCGAGAUGUAACGCCUGCGGCUACUGGCGAGCGAGGCUUCUAUAGGGUCUCUGGAAGGAAGCUACCCUCGGUCCUACGGACGGGCGGAGAUGGCUAUGGAGAUGAUGGAAAUACACUGAUUGCGGCGUCAUUCUUCCGAGAUUCGCAAGCCUCCUAUGGUGGGACUUCAAGCCCCCCCUCGUCACCUGGACACCCAUCAAGGAAACGAGACAGUGGGAUACCUGUUAUACGGCCCAGCCCAGCAAGAACACCCGUUACACAGCAAGGCCCAUUCACAAUGAAUCCGCCCCCACUAAAUGUACCACCACGACGGCCCGGUCUUGGACGCUCUCAGCCUUCGCAUGAUUCACAUACGUCGAGGUUUACCGAAGAAGUCUGAAAGGCGGUUUUUCUUAAAACGAUAUGCCUGGUGCUCCGGUCCGGGCCUCUCCGAUUUGGAUGACGACGAAUCCGAUUUCACUUGCCUAUUGAUAUUGUAGAUUUCAGCGAUGUGCAGCGCGCACCUUUGUGCUUUCGUUUAGCAUUUGUCUGGCGUUUUGUUCCUUUGGAGAUUUGAUACCUUUGAGCGCUGGGAAAAGCUGGUCUCUCAUAUUGCGAUGCCACAUGGGCGAAGUCUCCGGCUGCACCUGGAACUCGGACUGGACCAGCGACGGGACUGGGAAAGGGCUGAUCCUUUGUCAUGGGUCAGGUGUCGUGGCUGGUUACCUUGAUACGUGUUGGUCUGUGUCACUUUGUAUAUUACAGUACAGUACAGUACUCGAUCAGGCUCUCGAGAUCCCGAUCAGAUGAGCACGGAUAAGCGACAAUGUCAAUGUAUUGCGUGUUUGU